GCGGUCUAGAGGCGGCGGGCUGCGGCGGCGUCGGAGUCGGUGGUCUUGGUGCCAUGGCCGCCUCGGUGUUCUGCUGCCUGCGGUGUUGCAGGGACGGCGGGACGGGACACAUCCCUCUGAAGGAGAUGCCGGCGGUGCAGCUGGACACGCAGCACAUGGGAACAGAUGUUGUCAUUGUAAAAAAUGGAAGAAGAAUAUGUGGAACGGGAGGCUGUUUAGCCAGUGCCCCUUUACAUCAAAACAAAAGCUACUUUGAAUUCAAAAUCCAGUCCACAGGAAUAUGGGGUAUUGGCGUUGCAACUCAGAAAGUUAACUUGAAUCAGAUUCCUCUUGGCCGAGAUGUGCAUAGUCUGGUGAUGAGGAAUGAUGGAGCCCUAUACCACAACAACGAGGAGAAAAAUAGGCUGCCAGCAAACAGUCUUCCACAGGAGGGAGAUGUGGUGGGUAUUACAUAUGACCAUGUAGAAUUAAAUGUAUAUUUGAAUGGAAAAAAUAUGCAUUGUCCAGCAUCAGGUAUACGAGGGACAGUGUAUCCAGUUGUUUAUGUUGAUGACAGUGCAAUUUUGGAUUGCCAGUUCAGUGAAUUUUAUCAUACUCCUCCACCUGGUUUUGAAAAAAUAUUAUUUGAACAGCAGAUCUUCUGAAUGUAUUUGUUUUUGAAACUUGUGUUUCUGCACUUUUAAAAGUGUUUACCAUUUAAUAAAGCUUUACCUGACCUGUAGAUGAAAAUAUAUUCUUAAAAAUAUGCUUGUUAAUGUUGUUCAAGGAACCAGUAUAUUCAAAAUACCAUUUGGAAGUUGUGAUUUGAAAUACUUCUGUUUUGUGAGAUGAAAUCAGCAUUUGGGGCAGUUUAUUUAAUUCUUAUUUAAAUAAAUAUAACUAUGGGUUUGAUUAACAGUAUUAAGUGGAAAUAUGUAUAUAGAUAUUUAAAAGGGAAUCUUUCUUACAUAAAAUAUUUGUUUUUAUAAUAGAGAUGUAGAGUUGGGUGGGUUUUUUUCUCAUUCUGAAAUUUAGACCUCACUAACUAUUUUAAGUCUACAGUCUAAUUUGUGUCUGAGUGUUCUUUUUUAUAUAGAGUAUAACAAAGGGAUAGAAAAUAUAUUCUUGGCAACUUCUUUUUUGGUGAUUUAUUUACAGUAAAGUGUACCACUUUUCAUAAACUUUAAAUUGCUUACUUUGUAUGUCAUUGCUUUUAAUUUGCUUUGUGAAAGGAGGUGAAUGUUUUGGUAACUGUCAGACCGAUUUUUUUGAAGACCAUCAUGCUGUGUUAGUUCAAUACCAGAGUAAGUAGUGGUUGAUUGGCAAUGUAGUGUACACUGGCAGACAUUUAGAAUAGUAUGAUGCUUUAAACUUAAUUGUAAAUGAGAUUAUUCUUUUAAGAACUUUUAUUUAAGUAUGUUUUUCUGUAAGGAAUAAUAAAAUAAUAGUAACUAAUUAGUACUGUAUUAAAUACAUGUUCUUCCUGUUUUGUUAAUUAUACAUUAAAUUCACGUCAUCCUUGAUUAUUUCAGAAGUUCAGAGAAAGUGAGUCCUCUCCAUGACCCUGAGCCUCUGCCAAGUCUUCAGUAAAGAUUUCUUCAAUACCCUACUGACCUGAACUAAUCACUGUACACACUCUGGUAGAGUCUCCUUUGCUAGUGAGCCAAGGACAUAUAUGUUUCACUCCUUUGUGAACAGGAGAAGUAUGUUGUACUAGAAAACCAUGGGCAUUAGAAUCAGAAAUCUGAAUUGUUAUUUUGCCCUCUAAUCCGGUUACCUCCUCAGCUAAGUUCUUUAGCAUCCCUGAGUUCAAGUUCACCAUUUAUAAAAGGGAUACUCAUAUUUGCUUGAUAAGAUUCUGUAACUAGUUAAAUAAGGUAAUAUAUGUAAAAUACCCAAAUCAUCAUACGCACUUAAAGAAUGUAGUUUCCUUGUUGACUCUUAAGCAGUAGUUUUCAUAGGGUCCUCAGACCAGCCUCCUCAAAAACUUUUUAGAAAUGCAUAUUCUUAGGCCCACCCCAGACCCACUGAAUCAGAAACCGCUGGGGAUAGCACCCAGGAAGCUGUGAACAAGACUUUCAGGUGAUUGUAAUACAUGGUAAAGUUUGAGAACCACUGUUCAGGAGACAAUUAUUGCCUACUAUAAAUUUUCUAAGGAUUUAAGACUAUUUUUGACCCAUAGGCAAGAGAAUCCUGCAGUGUUUAUUGUUUGUUUGGUAGGUGAAAAUGUGACAAUAUGCUUUGAAAACAUAAAUAUACUUGAGUACAUUCAUUUACAUAAAACCCAUAUUUACCUCUGAAGAUACAGAAUUGAAUGAUAUUAUUUAUGCAUUUUUGUCUGACUUUCUGAAUCUUAAUUCGUAAAGAACAUGCUUACUAUGGAAAGCGAAUUGAAAUGACUACUGUUUGCUGUCUUUAUAAUGUUAUCUACCUCUUAGUUAUUUUUUUUAAGCCAAAUUUUUUUAAAUUAUCCUGUUCUUUACUCAAGACUAUCUUUUCUGCCUCUAGUUUUAUGGAAUAGGCACAGUACUAAAAUGAUACAUGAGUUGUGCCAUGUCUGUGACAACAGUUUGAUGAAGUAUAGAUGUGUCUUUAAUCCGAAGUUACCUAAUCCUCUUGGGAAAAUUACCUUCCUAAACCUAUAACCUCAGUCUAAUCUUAAGGAAGACAAAUUCCAGUAGAGGGGCAUCCUACAACAUACUUGACUAGUACUCCUCCAAACUGUCAAGGUCAUCAAAAAAAGGGAACGUCAGAGAAACUAUCAUACCCAAGAGGAACUGAGUCCAAGGGGAUAUAACAAGUAAAUGUAAUAUGGGAUCCAGGAAGAGAGAAAAGGUAUUAGGUAAAAACUAAGGACGUAUGAAUAGACUGUGGAUUUUAAUAAUAAAGUAUCAAUAUUCAUUUAUUGUAACAAAUGUAUCCUACUAUAAGAUGUUAAUAAUGGGAGAAACUGGGAGAGAGAAUAUGUGGAAAUUCUGUACUACUCAAUUCUUCUGUAAAUCUAAACUAUUCAAAAAAAUAAAGUCUUAAAAAAUUUC